UUCAAACAUUACCAAAAAAACCUUAGUUACAUGUCUACGAUAUUUCCCUGAUACACUCUUUCAUUUUGGUUCACCUUCAUCUUUGAUUUUAUUUUUCAUCACUUUCAAAAUGAAGAUUCUGGGUGCAGGGUCCCUUCAUCUUAUCUAUGCACUCCUGGUUUUACUACAUAUGCAAACUUCAAUUGGAUCCAAUUCAACAACAACUGAUGAUGGAGUUAAGUGCAUAAAGAGCGAAAGACAAGCUCUUCUCACAUUUAAGCAAGGUCUGGUUGAUGAACAUGGGAGGCUUUCCUCAUGGAGCAGUGAAGAAGAGAAAAAGAAUUGCUGUGAAUGGGAAGGGGUUCAAUGUAGCAACAUAACUGGGCACAUCACUAUGCUUAAUCUAACCAUGUAUCCGUACAACCGUGGUUUUAUCUUAAGAGAGUCUAUUGGUUCACUCAACAAAAUACACCAUCUUGAUCUCUCUUCUUGUAAUUUAAGUGGAUCUCUUCCUAGUCAGCUUGCAAACCUCACAAAUCUGCAAUAUCUUGAUCUUAGCUAUAAUAACUUCAACAGUGUCAAAAAUCUUGAGUGGCUCUCUCGUCUUUCUCUCUUGCAAUACCUUGGUCUGAGUGAAAUCGACCUUAGUAAGGUCAACAAUGACUGGCUGCAAGUAAUUGAUAAGCUCCCUCAUCUAACUAACCUGUCUCUAUAUAGAUGUAAUCUUCGAGAUGUCAUUCCCCAGUAUUUCCCCAUAAUUAAUACUUCUAGUACUUCUCUCGUUCACCUUCAUCUAGGAAGCAACAAUUUGACUGCUUCCACAUUCCAAUGGUUGUUCAACUUUAGCAACAGCCUUGUUAGUCUCGACUUGAGUUCUAAUCAAUUUCGAGGUCCAAUUCCAGAAACUUUUAGUUGCAUGACUCUCCUAGAGGAGCUAUUUUUCUCGAAUAAUCAAUUGGAACGGGGGAUUCCAAAAUCCUUUGGGAACCUGUGCAAAUUAAGGUACCUAUACCUAUAUCAUAACCAUCUUGAUGGAAUGCUUCUUGAACUCAUUGGUAACUUAUCUGGAUGUCUACAACUCUCCUUGGAGAUAGCAUUCCAGAGUGGUUUUGGAACCUAUCUUCUAGGGUAGUUUAUAGGUAAACACCUUUAAUUGUUGUUUUUUCAGGUUCAAGAUGCUUCUUCAGAAACUUCCAGGAUUAUACUUCUUUUGUGAGGUGAAAUUCCAGGCUUCCUUCUCAGCUACCCCUGUCUUCAGGACAACUGUUUCUAUUCACUCUUUGUGUGUAACACAUUAUGGUUUGUGUUUUAUGGCAUCAUCUCUGUGUUGUGUAUGUUAAUGUCACCAUCUUGUUUGUAAGGAAUGAAGAACAAGCUGCAUGCUCUUUAAAUAAGAUGAAAACCUUGAA